CUCUUCGAGCUCACCUGUGGUCAUCAAAGUCCGAUCGUCAUCCACCAUGCCGAGCCUGUUCCUGCGUUCACGCCGCGUGCUGCCGGCGCUGGCGGGCCCCGCCGCCGCGCUCGCCGUGUCCUCCGCCCGCCUGGAGGCUGUGGAGCCUGAGGCCGCCCCGGCCGCCCCCGCCGUCGACUUCGUGGGCGUCUUCGUGGAGAAGGAGUCGGCCGCGCGCCUGCGUCAGCAGUUCCCGGCCAAGUUCGGCGGCGCCGACGAGCCGCUCGUGGUGGUGCUGCGCUUCCAGCCGUCCGAGAAGGAGCAGGAGGCCUUCGCGCCCAUCCUGGGCCGCGCCGCCAAGCUGCACGUCAAGGGCCUCGUCGAGGACGACCACGCGCAGACGGUGCUGGUGUCCGUGACCACGGAGACGGGCGAGUCGCUGGAGUACGAGGGCGCCGCGGAGCCCGCGCACCUGACGCUGUCCACGUCGGCCGGCGGCCUGAGCACCGGCUACUCGAGCGUGCUGCUGGAGCGUCUGCGCGCGAGCGACAAGCUGCGCUACCUGCUGGAUGAGAAGGAGGAGACGAGCCAGUGGGCGGGCGAGCUGCCGGCCUUCGACUCCAAGCACCUGCCGCUCUUCAGCCCCUUCCCGGCCGUCGAGGCCAAGGUCUCUAAGGUGGACGUCAAGCAGAGCGACGAGCUGGCGCUGCAGGGCAUCGUGUGCCUGUCGUCCCGCUUCGACACGACUGCGGGCGAGUGUCUGGCCCCCAAGGCCGAGUGCGGCUUCUGCAAGUUCAUGAAGGCCGGCCCGUGCGGCAAGGAGUUCACGGCCUGGGAGGCCUGCCUCGACCGCUGCAAGAAGAGCGGCGACGACUUUAUCGAGAAGUGCGGGCCCCAGACGCUGGCGCUGCGCGACUGCGUGGACGCCAACCCGGAGUACUACCACGUGCUGAACGAGGGCCCCGAGGAGGAGAAGAAGGAGGAGGAGCAGAAGGAGGACGCUAAGCAGACCGAGGAGGCCAAGCCCGAGGACAACGACUCGAAGCGAGGGCUUGGCGCCGACUUACUCCCAGCUUCAACGUCGUGGGAUAAAGCAGCUCCAGCGCGGCGAGUGCAGCUAACGCAGCUUCCAUCGGGCCCUGUAUCCGCUCCGAAGAAGCUCCAACAACAGCAGCAGCAGGACGUUAGCCAGAAUCAGCAGCAAUCUGCAGCUGCACCGGUUCAGCCACUGCGAAAGACUUCGUCGGGUGUUCGACUUGCCAGGAAUGCAGCGAAGCGCGUCACGAAAGUGCCGAAGCUUGCAUUUGCCCAGACCACCAGAAAGCGAAGGGGAAGACACGCGAUAUCGAAUCAGUUCAACGUCGAUGGCGACGCAGAGGAAGCUGCGCGACAAGUCAACGCUGGCGUGUACUUGCUGGAUAACACCAAGACCGGGCAUCGCUACUUCGGGACGACCUGGGACCUUCAGAAUGCAGCCGCGCAGAAUUUUCACGACCUGCAGCUCGGCGUACAUCCUCACCACGCGCUUAGCACGUGUUUCAAGCUAUACGGCGAAGCUGCCAGCGGCAUUCGCUUCCGAGUUCUGGAACACGUCAGUCCUCCUUCCUCUCCAAAGCCGCCCUCACACAACGACCAGCUCAGAGCGAAAAGGAGGAGGAUAAGGCGACUUGCAGCUGGUGGUGGCGAUAGCAAUGACGACGGCUUUGACGUCCGGGCCAUGGAGCGGAAACUGGCGGCUCGACUUCGUUUCCAUCAGCGGAGAGUAGUUCGCCGAGCUGCGUACAGAAUUGUUCGUAGGUUUCUGGUUGCGCCGGUGCUAGCGCGAGCGUGGCCGCGUUGGUCCAAGGCGGCCUGCGUUCUACAGCGGUCGAUGCGCGAGUUUGUUGCGCGCCGAAAGGCUCGCAGAAGACGCGAUGGGAUCCGGCGGUGGCUUGCAGCUUGGAAGCUCCAGGCCCACAUCAGAGGACAUCUAGCACGUCGUCUUGUGAGGCGUAUGAGAAUGGAUAAAGCUCGAGAAAUCGCUGCUACGCGCGUGCAGCGAGUGACACGAGGGCAUUUAUCACGUUUACGAGUCCAGCGUCUCCGCCAGUGGCGUGUUGAUAUGCAAGCUGCAACUCAGAUCCAGAAAAUCUGGCGAGGUCACUCGACACGAGUCAAGGUCAAGCUGCAGCGUAGUCUAGGUGGAGCGCUGCCGACUCAUCGACGUCUGGAUCAAGGCCCUCUUGACGAACUGAGAGACGAAGCUGCGCGUACAAUUCAGCAGGCGUACAACCGGUGGAGCACUCGACGGCUUCAAGAGCAGAAGGAGAAGGCCACAACGAUCCUCAUGGCUUAUCGCAACUACGUGGCGCGGAAGUUCGGUUGGGCAGCAAUGACGUUGAUGCUCGAGACUUCAACGGCGAAUCGGAUCCAGCGUGCAGCACACCGCUGGAUGUUCAAGUGUAGAUUCCGCCGGGUGGUCGGCCAUUAUCGACGUAACAAAGCUGCGCUUACCAUUCAAUGCUCCACGCGGCAGCAUCAAGCGAGACGGAAAGUUCACGUACUGCGAGUGGAGAAGCAACGUUUAGCGGCGGUCAGACGGAUACAAGCGUUCUGGCGAGCGAGCUGGAUGUUGCUCAAGCUCCGGGAACGCAUUACAGCUCGGAAGCGCGAGCAUGCAGCACGACAGAUCCAGUCCAGCUAUCUCGCGUGGAAGGCACGAUGCAAGUACAUCGCUAUUCGAAAUCUGGCGAGGCGCAAUCGUGCUGCCACGAAGAUGCAAUGCAUGUUUCGAGCGCGCCAGGCACAGAAGGAACUCAUGCGUCGGCAAGUGGUCCGACGACUGGGUGCCUGCGAGAACUGCCGCUCUCAACUCGCUACGGUGUACCAUUUUGAGGCCGAGAGUGAGCUGUGCGCUGCAUGCUGCGCUGAUUUCGCCUCUCUUGGUGAUACCCCGAUGGAGACGAUCGACGUGAACGUGUAUCGACGUAUCCAGGUGCCUAUCGUGAGCGCUCAACGUGCUUACCGAGCUUUCCAGAAGCGGAUGAUACAGCAGUUUGGCACUUGCACGCUCUGCGAGAAGCACGCUGUACGCAGAAGUUGCUGGUCAUGCUUGCACAGUCACGGCUUCAAUGUGGAUGGCCAACGCACUGGUAAGUCUGUAGUGGGGAUGACCUUCUGUCGGUCAUGUGAUGCACUCUUCCACGAACGUCGCCAAUCAACUGGGGCCUCAAGCGUGCUCCAGCAUCAGAGGAAGGAUAUCGAGCGUGCCUGGGCUGAAGACGAUGCUGCUGUGACGAUACAAAAGUACUACCGCCGCUUUGCUCAGCUGCGUGGCCAUUUGGCUAGGUGUGAACUGCGGCGCCUGAAGCACGAACGUGACUGUGCAGUCAUAAUUCAACGUGCGUUCCGUCGGUAUCAAGCUAGGCGCGUGUACAAUGCAGCGGUUGCCAUCCAGAGCCACGUUCGCGCUUGGAUUGCACGAUGCGUAGCUGCCAAACUACGCCAAGAGCGGCUCGAGAAACAACAAAACGCUGCUGCUUGCUGCAUCCAGCGCUACGUCCGUGGGUUUUUUGCCCGACGACGCGUUAUGCACAUGAGACGGCAGGCAGCAGCAGUGCUCUUGCAGUCUGUCUGGCGUGGAUACGUCGCUAGGUGCGAGCUGAAAGUGCUGCGUUUGAAAAAGCAGCGGGAAUUCAACGAGGAACUGCAUCAGAGACUCACCGAUCUAGCUGCGCAAAUCGCCGAGACCGAGCGAGUUGCAGCCACGCGUCUCCAGACGAUGGUGCGUGGACAACAAGCUCGAACUAAGCUGUACAAUCUGAAGCUCGAGGCUGCUAGGAGUAUCCGUGAAAAGCUUCGUGACAGUGCCGUGGCUCUCGAAGUUGCGGGCGCAACUUGUAUUCAACGUCAUGUACGUGAGCGAAUCACGGAGAUUGCUAGCCGCCAACGACUCCGAGUCCAUUGCUGCGCUCGGUGCUACUUGAGUCGGCGCACUGUAAGACGAAUGCGUCUCGAGAGACAGUCGGCCGUGCGGAUCCAGCGCGCGUUCCGGUACUCCCGUGCUAAGCGGCGAAUUGCUCGACUCGUUGACGCUGACGGAGCUGAAGACACUGCAACGAAGCCAGCUUCUGGUUGGGUCGAGCUCUUCGACGAGGCCAGCGGCUACGUGUACUAUUACCACACCGAGACUGGACAAAGUGUCUGGGAGCGUCCACCAGAGAUGGACGCUGCGUCUUCGACACCGGAGGACGCUUCCAACGAAAGUGUGGGCGAGUGGGUCGAGUACUGGGACGAGAACGUGGGCGCCUCGUACUUCUACAACGUUAAAACCGGUGAGGCUACGUGGACGACACCGGCAGGCUACCAGAGUAGCUACGGUAACCAGGAGGACACGUCAGCUGAAGCAUGGCUACCGGAAAGCGGUGGGGCAUACACGGAGGCAGGAAACCAACAACUGGGAGCCUAUGGCGACCAGUACUACGGCUACGCAGACCAGGCUGGCACAUACGCCAACUACAAUGACAACAAUGGCGACGCGUACGCGUAUCCAUUGGAACAUGCAGACAGCAACGUGAAUGAGCAGUACGAACCUGUGGACACGGAGUACGACAUCAACUACAAGAUUUACCUGACGCAAAUCGACCGCGAACGGCAACAGGAGCAGCAGCAGGAAGGCCACGAAAACGCAGAUGAUAGCAGAACGCAGCAAGCUCACAAGCCUAAUGAAUAA